ACUAAUAAUUUCGAAAAAAUAUCCCCUUUUCUCUCUCUCUCACUCAUCGUUGACUUUGAUUUUGCACAAGAUAAGAACAAGAACAUCGAUCAAAUCAGACAAACACCAUAGUCAUCUUCUCAGGAGCAGUACAUAUAAUUAUAUACUGACCAAAAACACAACGUAAUUAAUGGACAACCUGAACGAUGAUGAUGCAGAAAGAGAAAGAGCAAAGGAAUUGAAAUCAUUCGAUGAAACUAAGGAAGGCGUUAAAGGCCUCGUCGACGCUGCCAUCACCAAGCUCCCGCGAAUUUUCUUCUCCCCGCCCGACGGCGGCGACGGCGCCGGCGAAUUCCAGAUUCCGGUGGUGGAUCUUGACGGAGGAGAUCGAAUAGAGAGAAUCCGAUCAGCGUCGGCGACUUGGGGUUUCUUCCAGGUGGUGAAUCAUGGGAUUGGAGAGAGAGUGAUGGAGGAGAUGCUGGGAGGAGUGAGAAAGUUCUACGAGCAGGAGAGCGAGAGGAAGAAGGAGUGGUACACUCGCGACGGGUCGAAAACGGUGGUGUAUAACAGCAAUUUCGAUCUGUACACGGCGCCGUCGGCAAAUUGGAGGGAUACAGUUUAUUGCACUAUGGCCCCCAACGUUCCUAGUCCUCACCAAUUGCCUCACCCUUUCAGGGAUAUAAUGUUCGAGUAUUCCGAGCAAGUAAAGAAAUUGGUUCACUUCUUGUUCGAGUUAUUGUCCGAGGCUCUUAAUCUCAAUCCGGACCAUCUUAACAACAUGGGUUGUUCCGAGGGGCUUGCCGUGUUGUGCCACUACUAUCCGGCUUGUCCUGAGCCGGAUAAAACAUUGGGAGCUACCAAGCACACCGACUACGACUUUCUUUCUGUGCUCCUUCAAGACAACAUCGGAGGACUUCAAGUUCUUUACCGGGAUCAAUGGGUGGACAUCCCACCCGUUCCGGGGGCACUCGUGGUCAACAUAGGCGACCUUUUACAGCUUAUAUCAAAUGAUAAAUUCAAGAGUAGCCAACAUAGAGUAUUGGCACACUGUGCUGCGACUGCAAGAGUAUCGGUGGCAUGCUUUAUUACAACGGGCUUGAUGCCAUCAACAAAGUUGUACGGACCAAUUAAGGAGCUAUUGUCUGAAGACAAUCCUCCCAAGUACCGGGAAACUACGGUGAGAGAGUAUUCACUUCACUACAACGCCAAAGGACUUGGAGGGACAUCGGCUUUGCUCGAUUUCAGACUCUAAAAAACAUCAUGUUUUUACAAGAAGAUAGGUUGUGGUUUCUGUAUCAAGGUGAAUACAACCACAAUAAAUUACUUAGAAAUAUUAAAAUUA